AUUAUGAUAAUUAUUUAUUCGUGUUUUAUUAGAAAAGAAAGAAAUUAGAGAAGAAGAAAUCGAUACAAUAUUUAAAAUGUUUUUCUGUUAUUUCACUUUGUUCUUUCACUGAAAAUUAAAUAUAUAUAAAAGAUUAUGUGUGAUAGUAAAACGAUUCACAAAAACAUUAAACAUCGACAAGUACACUUGUUCGUCGUUUGAGUGGUAGCCUUGUGCCUCUUUGAGAACGAGUUACUUUCGUUCGUCGAUUUAGACACAACCUUACCAUACUUUCACCUUCUUGUUCGAAAAAAAUUUCAUUUCUAAUAAUUAAUCGGAGUUCAUUGAGUUCGGAGUUCAUAACCAAUGAAGUCGGAUCAAUAAAAAAUAAGAAAUCGAUCAAUGAUGAAAUAAAAAAAAAAAAAGAAAAGAAAAGAAAAGAAAAGAAGUAUAGAAAAUUUCUGAAUUAUUCUUCAACAAACUUCAAUUUGUUGUUGUAUCAGUCAUCGAGCAAUACUUUCUUAUUUUAUAGAAUUUAAAUUUCAAUGUGAUCAUUCACAACAACAUUUUAUUUUUAUAUCCGGCUUUUCUAUUUCUUGAUUCUUCUUCACGAGAUUUGCGAUUACCUGUUGAAAACAUGAGCCUCGCCAGAUUACGCAAGGUAUCGUACGUAUCAUCAUUGCUGGUGCAUCCUCGAAUUGUUGCGCAUUUGCUCACGUAACAAUUCUCGCACUUCAAUAACAUGAAAUUCUUUUUAUAUAUACUUUAUUCAAUUUUGAUAUUUUAUUCAAAGCACUAUAUAUCUUGAAUCUUUCAUAUUUUUGAAAAUCAUUGUGUCGAUCUAUAAAUUUAGAAUUUUCAUCUUAAGCUUUUAAUACUCGCAACUUUAUACGAAUGAUUAAUAACGAAUAACUUUGAUAACUUUAUCAAAAUAAUUUUAAAAAAAUUUAACUUUUGAUUAUAACAUUUAAAUAAAUUAAAAGUUAUAAAUGCUAUUGAAAUGAAAAGGUUAAGUAAAAUUAAAAAACAACGUUGAUCUUUUUAAUGUCGGACGUUAUCAUAUCAUAAAAAUAUUGAUGCUACUCUUUUUUUUUUUUUUUUAACUUAUCAUAUUAUUUAAAAAGGUAGAAAGAAACGUAAAGAAAUGAUAUCGAUGAGCAUCGAACUUCCUCUAAACGAUUUAUGAGCCGAUUAGUGGCGUUUGAUCGGCAUUCACACGAGAGUAGUUCGAUAAUAAGAGAUCAGGGGGUCGGGACUGAUAAAGGUUGAUAAUGAGUCCCGACUCGACGUAACUAGUCAGUUCCUCCGGUGUCGCACGCAAAUAAACUACAAUCUUUCUCGCCUCGAACGAACGGGUUCAACGUCUCAGAAACGUGUGUUUGAAGAAUAAAAAAUUUAAAAAUCGAUUAAACAUUCCGAUAAUAUUGUUACAUCAAGUUUUUUUUUUUUUUUUUUGUCAGCGAUUUACAUAGCGAUAUAAUGUGACUAACAUCAUCCAGUUGGUCAUAAAUAUGAACGGCGAUGGUAAUUGUCAUACUAGGAAAUAUGGAUACCCGUUUAAUAACAUGGUGAUCGUGCCAUCACCCGGAUCCAUAUGGGAUUAUCCGUAUCUGAACCAGGUCACCAGCAUGAUGGGCCUGGUAUAUGGAACGAGAUCAAAGCCCGAACAAGAUUUAUUUCCUUCCAAGAUUCGGAUUCCAGAGAUACAUAUGGAAAGUCCAUCGAAGUUCGAGUUGACGAAGACGGACGUUCAGAUCGCGGAUGAAACGGAAUUAGGCGAGGUAAAAGUGAUGCCGUUAACGAGCAACGUGGCGACUUCGACGCCUGUGCAACCAGGAAGCAUUCCUUGCAAAAACGGUGGAUGCAAGAGUUGGGCAAGUCGAGCAGAAUCACGGAUGGAAAGCCCGUGGCAUUUUCUCAAGACCAUCUUUCUCAUUUCUGUGAUCGUUGCUUUGAUCUUGUGGGUAAUCGUUUACACAUUCCUCGUCCAAUAUCAAAUCUUGUGAAGAAUUCGACGAGUCGCGUGGAACUGUUGAAUACAUCGAGAACGUCGAGAAACUUGAAUGAUUUAUGCUCUUCCGUUUCGAAGGGAACGGAAUGUUUGUUGUACAUACAAGGCUGAAAAGGACGCAACACAGAUAAAAAAUGGUUUCGAAAUUUGAGAAAAGAUUGAAAAGAAUUACAAAGAAAAAUGGAAAUUUUGUCCGAAAAUGAUUUGGUGGAUGUCUUUGAUCGAUUCGUUCGAUGGAUGUUUCAUUGAAUUUCCCAUUUUCCAUCCGUCCUUGAACAAAAAUUCUAUGCUCAAAAUCGUGGAUCGUGAAUGUUUGUCGAAGAAUUCGCUAGUUUGUCGAGUAUGAGUGAAAAAUAUGAAAAAAAUUACGUACAUUGUUUUGUGGGCAGAAAGUUUUUAGAAAUUAGCAGAGAGUUUGAAUAUCGGGAUUGCGUAAAGUUGUCUUCUAUUUGCACGGUUGCCCCAACUUUCAUCGGUCCAACGACUAUGAAAUUCCCAGUGUUGAAACAUUUGAAACAGGAAAAGUUGAAGAUAUUUUUGUAAGAUCGUACAAAAGGCGCUGUUCAUAAAAAUAAAAUUAUAACGAGAAUGGUACCUGUAAUAUUCGUUCAUAAAAUUGGAUAUUCCUUCGUCUACAAAAUUUUUGUUACAAAAAUCACGAUUGUAUUACAUUGAUUAUAUAUGUUUCUAUUUAUAAUAUUAUAUACAAAUUGUUUAUAAUAUAUUCUAUUUGAUAGAAGGUAUUCGAAUAUUUAGUAUUAAUAAUUUUUUUUUUACUAAGUAUUUGUACAAAAGCGAUUAAAUAAACUGAAUA